CAGGGGCGUCCUCAAGCUCGCGGCGCUUGACAAGCGCGCUCGGCGCACCGCUCUCUCCCUCCGCCGGAGUUUUGGGCAAGGAUGGCGGCGGGCGGGAAGACGAAGUUCGUCAUUCCUCCCUUCCGCCAGUCGCAGGCCAUGGACGAGGAGUACGCCAACCGCACCUGGCAGACGCUGCACUCAGCCAUCCACGAGAUCCACCGGCAAAACGCGUCGGGGCUCUCGUUCGAGGAGUUGUACCGCAAUGCGUACAACAUGGUGCUGCACAAGUUUGGCGACAAGCUGUACAACGGGCUCGUCGAGACCAUCACCCUCCACCUGCGCGGCGUUGCGCAGGAGGUUGCGGUUGCGGCCGACGGCGACUUUUUGCCGCAGCUCAAGGAGAAGUGGGAAAAGCACCGGCUGUCGUCCAUCAUGAUCCGUGACAUCCUCAUGUACAUGGAUCGCACCUACGUCGUCGCCCAGAAGAAGGUGGCCGUGUUCGAGCGCGGGCUGCAAAUCUUCCGCGACGAAGUCUGCCGCAACGAUCGCAUCAAGGGCCGGCUGCUCGCGACGGUGCUCGACCUGAUCCACCGGGAGCGGUGCUCCGAGACGAUCGAGCGAGGCGUCAUCAAGACAGUCACUUCCAUGCUCGUCGAGCUCGGCCAGGACGUCUACCAGCGCGACUUUGAGGUACCCUUCCUCGAGGCGACGGCGGACUUUUACCGCAAGGAGUCGCACGAGUGCCUCGCCCAGAACUCGGCCUCCGAGUACAUGCGCAAGGCGGAGGCGCGGCUGGGCGAGGAGCACGAGCGGGUCACACACUACCUCGACAAGGCGUCCGAGGGGAGGCUCAACGAGGUGGUCGAGCGGCAGCUCAUCGCCGAGCACAUGCGCACCCUCGCAGAGAUGGAGCACUCUGGCGUCGUGCCCAUGCUCGAGGACGACCGCAUACCAGACCUCAAGAGGGCGUACGAGCUCUUCGGCAGAGUGACGUCGCCCGACGGGCUGGGCGUGAUCCGCGAGCUCAUGUCGGGGCACGUCAAGGGAAGGGGGCAGCAGUUGGUGGCGGAGGAGCCGGGCGCCGCGCGCGACCCGGUCGAGUUUGUCAAGGGAUUGCUCGCGCUGCGAGACAAGUACCAGAGCAUCAUCCAAGGCGCCUUCAGCGGAGACAAGACCUUCUUCAACGCGCUGAACUCGACCUUCGAGUACUUCAUCAACCUCAACCAGCGCUCUCCCGAGUACAUCUCCCUCUUUGUCGACGAGCAGAUGCGCAAGGGCAUGCGCGGCACGUCGGAGGACGAGGUCGAGGCAAUGCUCGACAAGGUGGUGAUGCUCUUCCGCUACCUGCAGGAGAAGGACGUCUUCGAAAAGUACUACAAGCAGCACCUCGCCAAGCGGCUGCUCGGCGGCCGCUCCAUCUCGGACGACGUCGAGCGCUCGAUGAUCCAGAAGCUCAAGCAGGAGUGCGGCUACCAGUUCACCUCCAAGCUCGAGGGCAUGUUCAUGGACAUGAAGGUGUCGGCCGACACGCAGGACAAGUUCCGCGCCGCCAACGGCUCGAGCAAGGUCGAGUCGAUCGACCUGUCGGUGCAGGUGCUCACGACGGGCUUUUGGCCGACCCAGGUCUCCGGCGGCUGCAACCUGCCCGCGCCGGUGGCGCGCUGCUGCGAGGUGUUCCGCGAGCACUACCUGAAGCAGCACUCCGGCCGGAGACUGCAGUGGCAGACCUCGAUGGGCAACGCGGACCUCAAGGCGCAGUUCGGCGCCUCGCGGCACGAGAUCAACGUGUCGACGUACAUGAUGUGCGUGCUGCUGCUCUUCAACGACAACGACCGGCUGAGCUACGCCGACAUCGCGCGCGACACGGCCAUCGCCCCGGCCGAGCUGAAGCGGACGCUGCAGUCCCUCGCGUGCGGCAAGUUCAAGCUCCUGCUCAAGGAGCCGAAGGGGCGCGAGGUUGACGAGUCGGACGCCUUCUCCUUCAACGCCUCCUUCUCCUCCAAGCAGCUGCGCUUCAAGGUCGGCACGGUCUCGGCGCAGCGCGAGACGGAGGCGGAGAAGCACGAGACGCGCCAAAAGGUGGACGAGGACCGAAAGCCGCAGAUCGAGGCUGCGAUCGUCCGCAUCAUGAAGUCGCGCAAGGAGAUGGAGCACAACGCUCUCAUCGCCGACGUGACUGCGCAGCUGACCGCCCGCUUCAUGCCCCACCCGAACGUGAUCAAGAAGCGGAUCGAGUCGCUCAUCGAGCGUGAGUUUCUGGAGCGCGACAAGAACAACUGGCGGAUGUACAAGUAUCUCGCGUAGCCCCCCCCCGGGAGGCGACGGCGCGCGCCAGAGUGCAGCUCGGGCUAGGGGAGCGGCGUGGUGCCCGCCCCACGGCGACGAGGCGGCGUCUCGGGGGAAACAAUACCUGUAGAGGACUAGUCGGGGGGGCAUGGGGACAGGAGGUUUGGAUCCGGAGAGCACCGCUUCGGGGUCGGGGUGGGGCGGGUGUGUCCUGCUCUCUACUCAUGCGGCGGGGCCGCACACGCGUCUCUGACUUUUCGUGGUCCUGUCUCUCCCGGCGCACACCCGUCUCUCCCCGGGUGUCUCGGGCAUAUGCGCAUAUCUCGGGUGUGUGGCGUCUCUUCUCUCCGAGUUUAUUCCGCCAGUUACUGCUUAGCGUAUAAAAUUUUAAGAUCCGUAGAGCCGUAGGCGG